AUGGAGAUGGGUUUCCUGGGUUUGGGAAGAUGGAGGAGGCGAGCUCUGCCGCAUACUUGGUCUGGGAGGAUCUCAUGGCUGUGCUGCCCAACUAUGGCAGUCCAAGGCCAGCGAAGAAGCUGCUCCAGGGCCUCAGUGGGUAUGCGGCUCCUGGACGGAUCAUGGCCAUAAUGGGACCCUCUGGAUCAGGGAAGUCUACGCUUCUUGAUUCAUUGGCAGGGAGGUUGGGGAGAAAUGUGGUUCUCACUGGGAAGGUGUUGCUGAAUGGGAAGAAGAGGAGGCUUGAUUACGGUGUUGUGGCUUAUGUGACACAAGAAAAUGUUCUGCUUGGGACUCUGACAGUCAGAGAGACCAUCACUUACUCAGCUCACUUGAGGCUUCCUACCACUAUGAGAAAGAAGGAGGUGCAAGCUGUAGUGGAACGCAUCCUUGAUGAAAUGGGACUGCAAGAAUGUGCUGACCGGCCAAUAGGGAACUGGCAUUUGAGGGGAAUUAGUGGUGGAGAGCAGAAGAGGCUCAGCAUUGCUUUGGAGAUACUCACUCGCCCUCGUCUCUUGUUCUUGGAUGAGCCUACAAGUGGCCUGGAUAGUGCCUCUGCUUUCUUUGUGAUUCAGACAUUGAGGCAGAUGGCGAGAGAUGGUAACAAGACCAUUAUCUCAUCGAUUCAUCAGCCUAGCGGUGAAGUUUUUGCUCUCUUCGAUGAUCUCUACCUCUUGUCUGGUGGGGAGGCUGUUUACUUUGGAGAUGCCAAGUUGGCUACCGAGUUUUUUGCAGAGGUUGGAUUCCCUUGUCCCAGCAGAAGAAAUCCUUCAGACCACUUCCUUCGGUGUAUUAAUUCUGAUUUUGAUCUUGUUAAUGCUACGCUGAGAGGAUCACUAAAACACCUUGCAGAAACAGAAUCAUCAUCAGAUCCUCUGUCAAAGUUAGGCACCUCUGAGAUAAAAGCAAUUCUUAUUGACAGAUACAAGAGCUCGGACUAUGCAUUAAUGGCCAGACAAAGAAUUCAAGAGAUAUCCAAAAUGGAAGGGCUAACAGUGGGGUCAGAGAAAGGAAGCCAUGCCACGUGGCUGAAGCAGCUCACUACAUUAACAAGAAGAUCAUUUGUCAACAUGUCCAGGGAUAUUGGUUACUAUUGGGGUCGGAUUGUCAUAUAUAUAGUUGUUUCUCUUUGUGUUGGCAGUGUAUAUUACAAUGUGGGAACAAGCUAUACAGCCAUACUGGGGAGAGCCUCUUGUGGUGGUUUUGUAUCAGGCUUCAUGACUUUCAUGUCCAUCGGAGGGUUUCCAUCGUUUGUUGAAGAGAUGAAGGUUUUCUCACGCGAAAGGCAAAAUGGGCAUUACGGUGUUGCAGUAUUCAUACUAUCCAACUUCUUGUCAUCCUUUCCCUUCUUGGCUGCAGUCUCUAUUGCUUCUGGAACUAUAACAUAUUUUAUGGUGAGAUUUCACAAGGGCUUCUCUCAUUAUGCCUAUUUCACCAUCAGUCUCUACGGUGGUGUUGCGGUGAUAGAGAGCAUCAUGAUGAUUGUUGCAUCCCUUGUUCCAAACUUUCUAAUGGGCAUUAUCACUGGAGCUGGUAUCAUUGGAAUUAUGAUGAUGACGGCCGGGUUCUUCCGUUUGCUGCCUGAUCUUCCUAAGCCUGUUUGGCGCUAUCCAAUAUCUUAUAUCAGCUAUGGUUCAUGGGCCUUGCAGGGCAAUUACAAGAAUGAUUUACUUGGUCUAGAGUUUGAUCCUCUGGUUCCUGGAGAUAAAAAAUUGAGUGGAGAAUACAUCAUCAAACACUUAUUUGGAAUCAGUUUGGCUCGUUCAAAGUGGUUUGAUUUAUCAAUUGUUUUUGUCUUGCUGAUUGCAUACAGGAUUCUCUUCUUUCUCAUAUUGAAGUUCAAGGAGCGAGCUUCCCCUGUUUUAAGAUCAAUCUAUGCAAGAACAACAAUUCACCAUAUAAUGAAAAGGCCUUCAUUUCAGAAGAGGAAAUCUUCAUUUUCUUCUCGAAAUCCACCUCACCACCCAAUGUCUUCACAGGAAGGUCUUAGCUCUCCUCUGCCAUAAAGUCUAAGUUCCAUAAUAAUUUUAUGUUGAGUUUAAGAAUAUGAUACUGUAUAUGCAUAUCAUUUGGUGUAUGCUUUUCAUUUUAUGUGUUGGG